AUGGUCCUUUUGCUCCGGAUAGCAGAGAAUCCGCGAUCGGUUCGCCGCGAUAUAAGCGUUGUUGAAAAAACGAAAUUCGAGAGCCUGAAACGGGAACAUGCAAAAGCUGAUAAUUUCGAUAAACUUCAGUGCGAAAUAGAAGACGCGACAACUGAGGAAGAAUUGCCGUCGGUGCGUGAUGAUUACGAAAAAUUGUUCUACACAACCAAAGGACUGUAUACUCGUUGGCAGGAAGAAAAGCAACCGGUACGGUCGUUGUGCAGUAGUACGAACGGGACAUACAUUGGACUAAAGGAAGCCGUUCGUGUGCUUUUGGAAACGCAAAGAGCUUUGCUAUCCAGGAAAGCUGCAGCUUCAACUACCAUGGAGGAGUUAGCUGUCCAGUUUCGCGGAAUGCGUGCAGAUCCCAUUGAUACACAACUACCGUCGUUUAGUCUUCCAACAUUUAAAGGAGAUAGAAAGCAAUGGGCUUCGUUCAAGGACAUCUUUAUCAGCAGUGUGGAUAAGAAAAGCCUUACGAAUGCGCUCAAACUACAGCUUCUUAUGUAUCACUUGGAGGGAGAAGCAAAAAGCUUAGUGAGUAGUUAUGCAAUCACCGAUGUCAAUUACAAAGAAGUUUGGGACACUUUGGUCGAACAGUAUGACAAGCCAAAAUUCGCUGUGUCAUCACUUGUAUCAACCUCCGACGAGGUGAUCCGCCAGCUCAAAGCCUUGGGUCCAGUUGACAAGCCGCCAUUGCCGAGCGUGGAAAGCUGGAUAGAUAACCCAACCUUCCAGGAACUGCUCAAAUUCCUCAAACGAAAAUGUGAUGCAUUUGAAACCUGUGUUGCGUUCGGAGGAAAACAAAUGGAACACGUCAAGAAGGAGAUCUACAAGGAAGGAAGGAAAGGUCCCGCGUUUAAAAAGGAGAUGAGUAGUUUUGGUAUUGCCCAACAAUUGUGUCCUUUGUGCUCUUCAGUUGAUCAUGCCAUUUAUCAGUGUGUCACUAUCAAAGAAGCUUCAGUGAAGGACAGGUGGGAAUUGGUACAACGCGCAAGGCUGUGCUUUAAUUGUUUGCGUCCUAACCACGGUGUGAAAUCAUGUCCUUCCAAGUCUUCAUGCCGUACGCCGAAUUGCCAGCAAAGGCACCACACUAUGCUAUGCCUGACCAGUAAUCCAGAGUCUUCUAGCAACAUCUCAACCGUCGAAGAGCUACCAUUCACCAAUGUAGAAAAUGAUGAAGGUACCAAGCAAGUAACAUCCUAUUUAGCAAAUGUCAAAACAGUUGCGUCUCUCGUCGUUGGAACACUACCGACUGCUAUCGUUCGUCUAAGGGGAAAAGAUGGCCAGCUACACGCAGUAAGAGCCAUGAUCGACAGUGGAUCUCAAUCAUCGCUAAUUUCGGAACAUUGUGUUAAAGUGCUAGGGUUGAGAAGAGAGAAUGCAAAACUUGUCGUAUCGGGCAUUGCUAGUGGGACAUCGGAGACCACUAGAGGGAUGGUUGACUUAGACCUGUUUUCUCGGUUCAACGACGAACCUAUAAUUCGAACGAAAGCAUAUGUGCUGAGCAAGCUGACCAUCAACUUACCAAGCCGAAGGAUUGAUUCAACCCGACUACAGUGUCUGGAAUCGUUAAUGCUGGCUGAUCCAGAGUUUGGAUAG